AUGUGGCGUAGUUUUCUGGGGUUGAACACCGAGCCGAAAGUAGAACCGGAAGAAGGCGAGGAAUCUGAGCAGGAAGCCAGUGUUCAGAAGAAACCGGAACCGGAAGCCCGUAAGCCCGUGGUGCAUCAACUUCCGCUGACUCCGAAGCAACGGCACGCGGAGAGUAAGCGGAAAAUGGCGGACGAGGAAGUGCAGGCGUUGCUGAACAGGCGCGGACAUGUCAAGGGCAAGCUGACGCGGGUCAGGACUGUCCUCGGCCAGCCUGGAAUCCCAGCAUCGCGGAUCCAAGUUUGCAAGGCGAACGCUGAAAAGUACUACGCUAUAAAGUCAACUUCGUCGUUUAAGUUGUCGGAAGAGCAGAAGGACGAGAACACAGCACGGUUCUUGGACUUCGAGCAGCUCUACGACGAGGUGCUUGAGAGGAUCGUUGAGCUCACAGCACCACCGAAUCGUGUUCAAGCGGUCGUCCCUGCCGGACAGGCUGGUCAGCAGGUGAUUGUCCAGCAGACGCCGUUGCGAGCACCGAUUCCAACGUUUGACGGCCAGUACGAGAACUGGCCGAAGUUCAAGUCGAUGUUCCUGGAGCUGAUGAAGAACUCGCCAGACUCGGACGCCAUCAAGCUGCACUACUUGGACAAGUCUCUGGUGGGUGCGGCGACGGGCAUGAUCGACACGAAGACGCUUCAGGACAACAACUAUGCGCACGCGUGGGAGAUCCUCGAGGACCGGUACGAGAACCAACGCCUGAUCAUCGACAUCCACAUCAACGGAAUCUUGCAGCUAAAAAGGAUGGCGAAGAAGUCGUCAAAGGAGCUGCGAGAGCUGUACGAGGAGUGUUCGAGACACGUUGAGAACUUACGGUACCACAAGCAGGAGCUGCUGGGUGUAUCGGAGUUGUUCGUCGUCAACAUUCUGUCGUCUUGCUUGGAUCGUGAGACUCGUGAGCAGUGGGAAGCUACCGUCAAGAAGGGUGAACUCCCGAAGUAUGCGCAGACGAUCGAAUUCCUGAAGCAGCGGUGCGCCAUCCUGGAACGGUGCGAGCUAGCUGCCCCUGCGUCGUCUGCUGCCCGGUCGACAGUUCCCAAGGCGGUGCAGUCCUCGAAGCCAUCGGCGAAGAUCACCUCGGCAGCCGCGACCUCCAACGAGGCGGAGUGCGAUCUGUGUGACGGGUCUCACGCGAACUACAAGUGUGGCUCGUUCCGCGGCAUGAGUGUUGCGGAGAGAUGGUCGAAGGUGCGUGACGCGAGGCUGUGCUACAACUGCUUGCGCAAGGGUCACCGGGUGGGACAGUGUCCGUCGGACCGAUCCUGCAAGUGCGGCGAGAAGCACCACAGCUUGUUGCACCAGGAGAAGAACCAGCAGCAAAACAAGCCGAAGCUAGAAGCGGCUCCGGGAUCAGCGAAGGCGCCGUCGGCAGUGUCAUCCGCCAGCGUGAAGGCUGGUCCCAGUGGCACGGGUGCGCCGGAAGUGAGCGACGAGAACGAGCAGCAGGCAACGUCGUGCUUCAGCAGCGGAGCGCUGAAGUCACCGCAGCAGGUUCUGCUGCAGACAGCGAUCAUCAACGUGGCGGACAAGGCCGGCAGGUUCCAUCCGUGCCGCACGUUGUUGGAUUCCGGUUCCCAGGCGCACAUUUUGUCGGAGGCGAUGGCUCGAACCCUCGGCCUAACCUUUGAAAAGUGCAACGUGACGGUUAUUGGAGCCAACGCAGUGAAGACGCAAGCAAAGAAGGGAGUCAACCUUACCUUCUCGUCGAGGUACUGUCAGUUCCAAGACAACAUCUCGUGUCUGAUUUCGGACAAGCCCACGGGACGGAUCCCGUCGGCAAGAAUCGAGACAGCUGCCUGGCACAUCCCGAGCGACGUGUUCCUGGCAGACCCGAAGUUCAGCGAGCCGCACGAGAUCGACCUGGUCAUGGCGUCGAACUACGUGUGGGACUUGCUGCGAACGGAUCGAGUGAAACUGGCGAACGGCACCGUGACUCUGCGUGAAACCGAUCUGGGAUGGAUCGUGACCGGCGUGUAUGACCCGUUCCAGCAGCUGAGUUGCCAAGUCGUCCACUCGAACAUCACGCUGAAGGAUCAGCUGAACAACGCCAUUGAGAAGUUCUGGCUGGUCGAAGAACUAGCAGACAAGCAGCUGCAAACCAACGAAGAGCAAGAAGUGGAAGAGCACUUUCGCGGCACCCACGGCCGUGACGAAAGUGGCCGCUUCGUCGUCCAGUUGCCGUUCAAGGACACGGUUCUUGAGCUGGGCGACAACCGAGUCCAGGCGUUGAGGAGAUUCAACCUGCUGGAGCGCCGUCUGUCGCGCAACCCGGAUCUCCGAGAACAGUACACGGCGUUCGUCGAAGAGUACGAGGCGCUGGGUCACUGCAAGGAGAUUUAUGAGCAACAAGAUCCACCAGAAGUUCGUAAGUACUACCUGCCGCACCACGCUGUGCUCAAACCGUCCAGUUCGUCCACGAAGCUGCGGGUCGUUUUCGACGCCAGCGCCAAGGCCGGCAAGUACUCCCUGAACGAUGUGCUGAAGGUGGGACCGACCGUCCAGAACGACCUGUUCUCCAUCGUUCUUCGUUUCCGUCGCCAUCCGGUCGCAUUCACCGCCGACGUGGUGAAGAUGUAUCGGCAGGUGCGGGUGCAUCCGAGCGAUACGCCGUACCAACGAAUCUUCUGGAGGAAGGACCCGAACGAACGCUUGCGAGUGCUUGAGCUGAACACCGUGACCUACGGAACGGCGAGCGCCCCGUUCCUCGCGACGCGGUGUCUGGUGGAGCAGGCGGAGUCGGCGAAAGGCCGGUUCCCAGCAGCCGCCAAGAUCGUGAUCGAGGACAUGUAUGUCGACGACAUGCUGUCCGGAGCCAGCAGCGAGAAGGAAGCAGUGAAACUUGUGCUGGAAGUGAAGAAAAUCCUGGAAGAGGGAGGUUUCCCAGUGAAAAAGUGGUGCUCUAACUCAGAGCAAGUGCUAAAGUGUGUGCCUGAAGAAGAUCGGGAGAAGCCGAAACCGAUCGAAGAGUACAGUGCGAACGAAGCCAUCAAGGCUCUGGGUGUCCUGUGGGACCCACGCGAGGAUGAGUUUCGUUUUGUGAACUGUUUGGAAGAGUGCGACGACAAACCAGUCUCGAAGACGAAAGUGUUUUCGGACAUCCUUAAAGUGUUUGACCCACUGGGCUUCGUAGCCCCAGUCAUCGUGCUGGCCAAAGUGUUCAUGCAGAAGUUGUGGGCCAGCAAGAUGGACUGGGCUACCGAACUAAACGAAGAGCUUCUGUGUGAGUGGUUCGAGAUUCGAGAGUCUCUAACAGCGCUGAACGAUAUUUGUGUGCCGCGAUGCGUCGUGGUGCCCAACACGGUUCUGCACGAGCUGCACGGGUUCGCUGACGCGUCGACCGUUGCUUACGGGGCCAACGUCUACCUGCGGUGCAUCCGCGGGAACGGGUCGGCCGAGGCCAACCUGCUGUGCGCGAAAUCCCGAGUGGCUCCGCUGAAGAAGCUGUCCGUGCCUAACCUGGAGCUGUGUGCAGCGCUGUUGCUUGCGCGGCUCGUCGUGAAGGUCAUCGAAACGCUAGAUCUGGAGCUGUCCGUCAUCGAGCUGUAUUCGGACAGCCAGAUUGUGCUCGCAUGGCUGAAGAAAGAUCCGAAUCUCCUGGAGACCUUCGUGCGCAACCGCGUCAUCCAGAUCCUCAACCUUACAGGUAAGUUCCGAUGGAAUUACGUGAGGUCAGCUGACAAUCCGGCAGACAUCGUCUCUCGAGGGAUGAGUCCCAAACUCUUGAGUCGGUGUCCGAAGUGGUGGAAGGGGCUUCUACCGCUGACGAGCGCUGCCUACGUUCCUGAAGAACCCCCCGAACUCGAGGACGACGAGCUGCCAGGGCUGGUAGCCAUCGUCUACAAAGUCACCGUCGAGAUGCCGGUGUUCAAACGGUUCGGCGAGUUUCGGAAACUCCAGCGCGUGAUCUGCUAUAUACGCAGAUUCGUCCAGAACUGCAGGAACAAGAAGUCUGGACAACCGAGGACAACGUGCGCCUACGUAACAGUUCCUGAAACGAGAGCGGCGUUAAAGUCCAUCAUCUGGUCGAUUCAAAUGGCAGCCUUACCAGAUGAGUUUUACCUAGCGAAGACCGAACAAGCAUCCAGCCAGCUCGCGAGCCUGGCACCAAUCGUUGACGAGGACGGUCUGCUGAGAGUCGGCGGACGUCUGGAACAUUCGAGCCUCACGUACGAGGCCAAGCAUCCCGUGAUCCUACCUCGUCAUCACGUGACUACGUUGCUGGUCCGAGCGCUGCAUGUGGAGAACCUGCAUGUCGGCCCCUCCGGACUCUUGGCCAUCGUUCGACAGCAGUACUGGCCGCUGAAGGCGCGCAACGUAGUGCGCGACGUGACCCGCAAGUGCCUGCAGUGCUUCAAGGCCAACCCACGCAGGAUUGAACAGUUCAUGGGACAGCUUCCGGCGGAGCGAGUGAACGUUGCCGCUCCCUUCGAGUACACCGGCGUGGACUACGCUGGACCUGUGACGGUGAAACAAGGCAAGUACAGACCCAAACUUACCAAAGCCUACAUUGCCGUGUUCGUUUGUCUGGUCACCAAGAACAUCCACCUGGAAUUGGUGUCAGACUUGACAACCGAGGCCUUCUUGGCCGCCCUGGAUCGCUUCGUCAACCGACGAGGCAUGGUGCGCAAGAUCUUCUCCGACAACGCGACGAAUUUCGUCGGGGCGUCACGAUCUUUGCGCGAAAUGCACGAGCUCUUCAAGCAGGACCUUCUGAUGCGCGGAAUCCAAGAUUUGCUCGUGCCCAAAGCCAUCGAGUGGAGCUUCAUCCCGCCCAGGGCUCCCAACUUCGGCGGAUUGUGGGAGGCGGGCGUGAAGAGCGUCAAGACACACCUGAAACGAACACUGCAGAACGCGGUGCUUACCUUCGAAGAGUUUGCUACCAUCUUGACGCACGUUGAAGCGGUCUUGAACUCUCGGCCGCUCUUCAGCUUGUCGGACAGCCCCGGAGAUCCUCUUCCGAUAACUCCGGCGCAUCUUCAACUCGGCAGGCCGCUGCGUCCUGUCGCCAAGCCCUCCCGCAGCGGUGUCGCGGACAACCGUCUGAACCGCUGGGAGUACCUGGACAAGCUUCGUGAGGACUUCUGGGGCCGCUGGUCCAGAGAGUACCUGACAAGUCUGCAGAACCGUGCGAAGUGGACCAAGAAAUCGCACAACCUGCAGCCCGGAAUGCUGGUCCUCCUAGUCGAGGACAACCUUCCGUCGCAGACCUGGAAGGUCGGCAUCAUCGUCGAGACUUACCCCGGAAUGGACGCGCUGGUGCGUGUCGUGGACGUGAAGACCGGUUCUGGAGCAGUCUUCAAGCGGUCGGUUUCCAAACUGGCACCCUUGCCGACCGUGGACAACGACCGUCUUCUGGAGCGCUUCGGUACUUCGGAGUAGCUUCGGAGAAUGCAGCCGCGGGGGAGAAUGUCGGAUAACUUCCGUCCUCCGCAAAUUUCUAAUGUCAAGUGAAAAAACCAGCUCGAUCGGCAACACUGGUUGCUGCGAUCGACAUCCCAACGCGACACCCCUCGUCGCCGCCUGCGACGACGCAAGGAACGAUCGAGAAGGUGGGAAUUGGCGCGCAACCGAAGCGCGCGCAAAACGAGCAGCAGAAGGAGAGAGGGAGAGAGAGAAGUGGAGAUUUUUCACUCCAGUUCGCGACGCGUACAAGUAAAGACGUCUUCUUGUAAAUACAGAUCAGAAAUACAAAGUUUUUUGGUAGGAAAAGUGAAUUCCAAAAGUGUUUUUGAUCACCCGGAAGAAAUCCCUUAAUACAGUCCACCCGAAGAUCUAGUUGGGAGAUUUGGCCCCAACAAAAUGUUUUUAAGAGGUCAUUCAAAUAACGAGCCAUAACUCUUCGACAUUCGGCAAGCUUUCUCGUGGCAUUUUAUUCUACAACUUUGCUGAAUCACCUAAUUCUAUCUCGUAUAUUACAAAAAAAUGGUUCCUAAAAUGCGUAAUUUUGAAGUUAUUCUCGAUUUCAUUGGUAAGUUUUCAAACGAGCACUUACAAUGAACUCAAAUUGAUGAGCGAUGAACUCAAAUGCAUGUAAAAUGUCACAAACAGGAAUCAGGGAGUAGGAAGUAGGACGCGAAUGUCAAGAAAAUGAAGGAAUUCGUCGAAAAAUGGGAGAGAAUUGAGCGAAAAGAGACCGCAAAUGGAAUUUUUUCUCCCAAUUCUCUCUAGUUUUGCACAAACGAUGAACGUUUUGACCGAACGAUGAUCAUUUUGCUUCGUGCGUGUUUGAAAAGAUCUGAGUGAAAAAGAUAAUAUCGUUGACGAUCACCUUUUUUUUGCGUUUUGAACCACUUUGAGUCGUAUAUCCCCCACAUCCCCUUUUUGUGUCCCA